AUGACGCUGAUCCAAUGGCCCGGGCUCUCCAUUUCACAGGAUGACCUGGCGGAUCCCAUCCCCGAAGAGCGUGCCGGGGAGGUGUCACGGACUCCCGCCCGCCGGCCGCGGCCACGCAGUGCUGACAGCCGCCAGCCCCCAGCUGGGGCGCCGGUGGCGCUCAAGGCAUCAGCGUCGGCAACGGGGCUGUCGAUGACCUACAGCAGCAGCGAUGCCGUGCCGUGGACGGGCCCGGAUCGGCGAGGCUCCACACGCCUGGAGCCAGUCCCGGAGGCGGACGCCGACCUCAGCCCCCGCAGAGUCGAACGCCGGACCCCUCUGCCCCUGGUCCUGCUGCCCUUGUCUGGGGAGCAGGUGCCCCCUGAGAUGCUGGUGGAGACCGUCCGCUCCUCGGCGUCCUCAGGCACUGGGCAGGCCCUGAGCGCAGCCAGCGCAGGAGGCGCCCCUGUGCGCGGUGCCAAGCUUCCCCCUGAGCUGAUGGUCACGCGGCCCGCCGGAACUGCGGCCAAAGAUGCCGCGCCGGCGCAGGAUGGGGGACGUUGCAGCCGCUGCCGCGAGCUGGAGGAGGAGAUCGAGAAGCUUCGUGCCUCCCACCAGGAGGCGCUCGAGCGUGAGCGCAGUUUGUGGCGCGAGCGCCUGCAGGAGGCGGAGGAAGAGGCGCAGCGCCGCCUGCGGGACUUGGAGAGCGAACGCAGCCAGAACCGGGCUGAGGCGGUGGCCAAGCUGCAGGAUGCCCAGCAGAAGCUCAAGGUUGAGGAGACCAGGGCCUCGAGCGCCGAGUCACGGUUGGGCCAGGUCCGGUCAGAGAUGUCCGAGCAGGCGGAAGCCGCGGAGCGCGCGGGCGCUUGGAAGAUGGAGGCCCAGUCCCACGCCGCCUCGCUGUCGGCGGCGGAGCGGCGCUGCGAGGGCCAUGCGGAGCGCGUGGCCCGCGUGCGGCGUCACGCCGCCGAGGUCGAGAGGCAGCGCAAGGAGCUGGUUCGCAACAGCAGCGUGCAGGCCAGCCAGAAGCUCCGCGAGGAGCUGGAGCACGCACAGGCGGAGCGCCAUGAGCUGGAGAAGCGCCUCAAAAAGGCGUUGCCCCGAAUCGAGCGCCUCACUGCGGAAGACCAUCGGCUGAGUGCGAGGCUGCUGCAGGAGUCGGAGGUGGCUGCGGCGCAGGCGCAGUCGCUGAAGGAGGAGGGUCUUGAGGUCUCCAGGGCCAAGGACCAACUGCAGAAGCAACGCCGCCUGGCCCGGAGCGAGGCCGACACAGCCGAGGCGCUGCAGGCGCAGCUUGCUGAGGCGGAGCAGCAGCGGCGCGGCGCGCAGGUCGAGCUCGCGAAGUCGCAGCGCCUGAGGCAAGAGGAGGGGAAGCGGCGCCAGGCAGCCUUUGCCGCAGAGCGUGAGGAGCUGCGCCAGGAGGUGGCACAGCUUUCAGAGCGGCUCCGUGUAGCGGAGGGCUCCGCUGCCGGCUGGCUGACGCUCCCUUCGCGGGCCCAGGCACCGCUGCGCCCGCAGGCGAGCAACAUCUCGCGGCUAACGUCCAAGCAGUCCAUGGUCUCCGACCGAUGGAUGGACGACGACACGGUGGAGGCAGAGUCCGUCGCGACAGGGGUUGCCUCCAAGGCUGUGCCUGCCACGGAUGCGGGGAUCCGCCUCUUUGAGAUGAUCCAGCUGGCCAAGGAGCGAUCCGACCAGCGCCGGGAGCUGACCGACGCGACGGAGGAAGUGCGGGAGCAGGCGCGUGCUCUGGAGGAGCUGCUGACAUUGGAGCAGGUGCCCAUGACGCGGGCGGCAUAUGUCGAAGCGAUCUGA